AUUUUGUAAAUUAAAAACACUACCUAUUCUUUAAUCACUCUUUCCUUCUGUUCCAUCAAAAUAAAAAAUAAAAAAUAAAAAAAAUCACUCUUUCCUUCUUUCUUUCUGUUUUUUUUUUCCCUCUUUUCUCACCAUUGUUUAUUUCUGUUUGUCCACACAAUCUGUCAAAACGUCGCUCUUUCUCUCUUAUUGCUCACUAGUUUCGGUUUUCUCACCUCUUUCUUCUCUCAAGAAAGAGAAACCAAGAGUAAAGAGUUUCGAUCAUUUUUUUUAUCAAAUUACUGGGGUUCAGUCCUUUGAUUUCUUCAUAGUUUCCAGAUAGAUCAGUAACUUCAACUGGAUCUGCUCCUGAUUGCAGAUUGUAUGUGGUGAAAUUCUUUCUGAAUUGUUUGGUGUUUUACAAGCAAUCUUUUUAGCUGUAAUGCAAGGGCAAAGGGGUACUAUCGGUUCUCUGCCUGAAACGCUUGACUUCGAGCUUGGAGCUACAUCAAAUAAUGCUACUAUAGAUCAGCAGAUAUGCUGGAACAGUAUGCGUAAUCCCCCGGAGAGCCAUAUUCAAGACUAUUUAUUACCACCCAGUGAUAUGAAUAUGGCUUUUGUCAAUUCUAUGAACCUUGAUGGACAUAACAUGAGCAGGUGGUGCUCACACGAAGCUAGUUCUAGCAAUACACAGACUGAAAUUGGUACUAAUGAGCGUAAAAUUGAACUUGGGUGGCCACCCUCAAGUCCUUGUGCUGUAUCUAGUGCCAGGUUAGAAGAGCGGCGCCAUGAACCCUCUAGUUACGCUUCAGCUGACACUAAUUUGAACCCUAUAUUUGCACAAAGUUCUCAUUCCGAGGUGGGAAUUCCUUCAAAUGUUAACUUAAAUGCAGCAAGUUUUGUGGGUCGUGGUGGCACUAGGAGCCAAGUCUUGGAAUUUCCUAAUGCAUACAAAGUUAGUGGAUCUGAUAUGGAGCAGAAUCGAUCUAUUAGUGUUUCUGAUCCUUUUCUUCUUCCUUCUAGGAGAGCUGGAUUUUCAGUGGAGGAAAAUGAUGGCAGGCAAAGUUCAUUGGAAGGUCGCCGGAUAUCUUGUAAAAGAAAGGCUAUCGAGGGACAUGCUGGACAAUCUUCUACAAGUGCAAGUUGUAGCUACUUUCAGCCUGCAGAAAGUAUUGGAAGGCUUGGAGGUCCUGCUCAAAAUAAUGUAGCUCCCAGCAGUCUCAGCCUAUAUGCUUCUGAACAGGGGAACCCCAGACUUGGAUUAGGUGGAAGAACAAUAACUUCUGACAACUUUCUUGAUUCAAAUGUUCCGGAAAGCUCUCGCAGAAGCUUCCGUGCUAGGACAACUUCGUUGAAUCAACCUAAUGCUGCUGCCCCGGUAUUCUCAACAGGGACAGGGAGGACUGUUAGGCGUUCUAGUAUGUCUGCAUCCCAAUCGAGUCUUACUCCAGUUGAUCAUAGUCUGGACUUAAGGCCAACCUCAGUAGUAGAUACUAUUCAUAACCAAAGCCAGCCUGCUAUGAUGGAUGUUCCUCCUUUGCCACAAAAUGUACAAUCUUUAAGAUGGAAUGGAGGUUCUAGUUCAAGACAUGGCAGUUCAUCACGCUCGGCUGCAUUUGGAGAUAGAGACAUACAACAACUUGAUGAUUUAAACCAUAGAAGUUUGCCAAGAAACAUGUUGGAUCAUCCUAUAUUUGUACCUGCAACUGAAUUGAGAAAUUCGGUUCGACAUCCAGCAAAUAGAAGUUUAGCUGGGCCAAGUUUAUCAAUUCCGGGAAAUGUUGUUUCUACACCAAGGGCUGGUUCAAGCGCGAAUGUUCAUCCGUCAUCUGCUCCUGUGUGGGCUUCCCAUCACAAUUCUACUCCACAGCAUCCUCGUAGAUUUUCUGAGUAUCUCCGCCGAUCCUUGUUCUCUUCUGUUGGUACUGAGCCUGGUGGGCAAAGAAGUAAUUAUCUGCCACUACGUCCUGGUCAACUUGCUUCUUCACCGGAGGUUGUUUUUCCGCCUGGAGCUAGUUACGAUGGUCAUCAUUUGCACCCAAGGUCAGCAUCAUGGAUGGAGAGACACAAUGAUAAUGGGUUGGGACUUCACUACUCUCUUCGAAGUUUGGGUGCUGGUGCUGAUGGAAAUAACAGCAGGCUUGUAUCCGAGAUUCGCAAUGUCCUUGGUCUCAUGCAGAGGGACGAGAGUUUGCUAUUUGAGGACGUUAUGAUACUUGACCCCUCUGUUUUUAUGGGAGUGGCUGAUAUACAUGAUCGUCAUAGGGAUAUGCGACUAGAUGUGGAUAACAUGUCUUAUGAGGAACUGCUUGCUCUUGAAGAGCGAAUCGGAAAUGUGAGCACCGGAUUAAGCGAAGAAAAGAUACUUACUCAAUUGAAGCAAAAGAAGUAUCUUAUAGCAGAAAAGUAUCAAUCAGAGGCCGAACCAUGUUGUGUGUGUCAGGAGGAAUAUAAAGAAGGAGAUCAUAUUGGAACACUUGAAUGCGGCCACGAUUUCCAUAGCCAUUGCAUAAAACAAUGGUUGACGCACAAAAACUUGUGCCCCAUUUGUAAAACGACAGCGUUGGCAACGUGAGAAGGAAGACACAUUAUCCCUUCCAGUCUUUCUUUCAGUUGGAACCUUCAAUCUUAGUUCUUCACAAACCACACCUCACCACAGUGCUAAGAGUCGCUAGAACUCACAUUUUUUACAUGUUCAAUAUAUUUUUAAAGACAAUAGUUUGGAGUCCAACCCGAAAUUUCGAGUUGAAGAAACCAACUUAGAAACAAAUGGACUGGUUUAUCUUAUCAAAUUUACCAGGGCACUCUUUUCAUUUUCCUUUUGUCCUAUUUAGGGAUGGAUGGAUGUGGAAUAUGAAAAUUACUAUUUAAAAAUUUGAGAAUUUAUUUUUUGAAA